AUGCACCAAUUCGAAGAUGACCGGGAGCUUGAGGCUCGUGGCUACAAGCGCGAAAUGCCGAGACAGUUCUCGGUAUUCAGUCUAGUUGCGCUUUCGUUUAGUCUGACAUGCACCUGGUCCGGGACUGGAUCGUCAAUGGGCAUCUCCAUUAAAGAAGCAUCAGCAGCAGGGACACUAUGGUCAAUUCCUGUCGCCGCCCUCAUGACAUUUAUUUUGUCAGCUGGGGUUGCAGAGCUGGCUUCCGCGUAUCCUGUCGCUGGCGCUCAGUACUAUUGGGCGUUCUUCCUUGCUUCAGACAAAUAUCGAGCAUUUGCCUCAUAUAUGAAUGGUUGGCUGAGCAUCCUUGGGUGGUGGCUGGCUAGCGCGGCAGCAUGCAAUUUCAUAGCAUCCUUGAUCCUAUCAAUUGCCUACCUGUGGUACCCAGAGUAUCAAAGCCAGAACUGGCACGAAUGGCUUGUCUAUCUCGGCAUUGUCUGGCUUGCUGUGGCAUUGAACACUUUCGGCUCCCAGCUUCUCCCAUUGUUCAACCGCUUCAACUUCAUCCUCGCAUUCUCUACCCUGACCGCCACAACAAUAACUCUGUUCGUCUGUAGCAGAAAUAACCAUGCCCCAGCUGAAUGGACAUUUGCCGACACAACCAACGAAACGGGCUGGCCUAGUAAUGGCUUUGCUUUCAUGCUGGCUGUCAGCAACGCCGUCUAUGCAUUCCUCGGCACUGACUGUGGAGCCCAUCUAUGUGAAGAGAUUCGCAAUCCCGCUCAAAACGCACCCAAAAUAAUCUUGUAUCCUAUCCUUAUUGGACUGGUAACCGCAUUUCCUUUUGCGUGUGCUUGCAUGAAUGCAAUUACUGAUGUCGAUGCGGUCUUGAAUACUCCAUCUGGCCUUCCUUUGAUUGAAAUUUACUAUCAAAGUACACAGUCGAAGAGUGCCUCUUCUGUUCUCCUAGCACUUUUCGCAAUCUGUUUCUUCGGUUGCAGUGUCGCCAAUGGAACCACAUGUUCGAGGACGCUCUGGGCCGUUUCUCGCGACAACAUGCUACCAUUCAGUAAAGUCUGGUCGAAGAUUGAUCCCAUCUUCCAGAUACCACUCAAUGCGCUGCUGCUUUCUGGAACUGUUAUCUCGCUCUAUGGCCUCAUCUUCUUAGGUUCAUCCACUGCCUUCUCAGCCAUGGUUGGCGCAGCUGUUAUCUUUUUGCAGACGUCAUGCGCUCUUCCACAAGCAAUUCUGCUGUGGCGAGGUCGAGACAAUGUCCUUCCUGAAAGACCCUUCUCUCUAGGACGAUUUGGUCCAGUCGUCAAUUUUCUGGCAGUGGCCUGGGUUAUUUUCCUUGAUGUUAUCUCAUGCAUCCCGACAGAGCUGCCGGUGACUAAAGAGAACAUGAACUAUAUCUCGGUUGUUUCCAUUGGUCUCACUAGUAUCGUGCUUCUUAUCUAUGUGUUCAGCAAGAAAGGGAAGUACCUUGGACCUAGAAUGCCGAGCGAAGACAUCGGCUUAGAUGGAGAUGCCAUCACAGGAAAGGAAGGCCAGGAGUUUGGCGAGUACGAGGCGAAGGAUUGCGAUAAGGAUCCUGCAUCGUUUAAGAAACAAUAA